AUGGACAACAAGAAGGAACUGAUCACUUGCUACUUUUCUGAUUCUGUAUCCGAAAGGCGUGCAUCGGAGUUGCAAGAAGCUUGGCCGGAGCUGCUGGCGGCUUUGGAAAAGUGUGGCGUUACUUCAUUGAAGCUGAACCUGACCGAGUCUGACUUGACAGCUUCAAUAACCAGAACUCAUUGCCAAGAUUACAGGGCUCACCGUCUUCUUGAACUAUUGGCAACGACUAAUGUGCCCCCAUCUUUGGCAAUAGAACUAGCACUCAACGACAAGGUGACAUACGAUCUCAUCAAGAUAGGGCAACAAGAAGGUGGAUUUGCUUGGAAAUAUGGCAUCAACCAGAAGCAAUUCGCCGAACGCCGUGAGUGGCUGGAGAAGCACUACUUGGAAGCACUUGAAUUUGCGACUGAUUGUCAUCUGUAUCUUGGGGCACAAACUCUUACUGCUGUGGCUACUAAAUCUGGUUGGCCUGUGAGCCUUGGGUUAAAAACUAUCAGGACGCUUGUGGAACAACGCAUACGCUAUGGACCGGAUUGA